UGUGAAAGAGGCAAACCGGAAAUGGUACUGUAGUUGCAGCUGGAGGGCGGAACAGAAGCCGCCGCACAAGACUGGCUGGUUCUUCAGCGCAAGCAAAACUGUCCGCAAGUCACUUUGACAGCUGGUGAACGUACAAGUUAGCGAGUCAACGUACAAGUCUGAAUAUAAGACAAUGGAGCACGAAGUGGCUGACCUCCCUAGCGGCCCUCUGGACGUCUACAGGAAGAAAGCAUCUUUCAAUUGGAAGGAUAUGCUCCGCUUCAUAGAUGGAGACGAAAUACUGGCAUUCAAGCAACAUGUAUUCAAGACGCUGGAGAACGAUCCUCUGUUUGCCCGCCAGCCCGGUGAAGACCUUCCUCUGGAGAAAAUCAGAGAGUUGACCUUCCUCAGGGUGAAGCAGCUCUUCCGCUACGACUUCUUAACAAUUGAAGAGGCAAUGGCCAAUCCCUUGAAGACUUCUAUCCUCCAUGACUGUCUGGGCAUGUAUGACAUGUCCAUGUCUGCCAAGUCCUCCCUUAACAGAGCGAUGUUUGGACAAACUAUUGCCAAGUCUGGAUCAGCGAGACACAGCGCGUUUGCCGAAAACAUUGAAGAGAUGAAGACAUUUGGAUGCUUUGCACUGACUGAGCUGAGUCAUGGCAGCAACACGAGAGCCAUGAGGACCACAGCCACGUACGACCCCUCUACCCAGGAGUUUGUGAUCAACUCUCCAGACUUUGAGGCUGCCAAGUUCUGGGUGGGGAACCUUGGCAAGACUGCCACCCAUGCUGUGGUGUUUGCUCAACUCUACACACCUGACCAGGUUUGCCACGGCCUGCACUCCUUCAUCGUCCCGAUUAGGGAUCCUAAGAACCUGCUCACUCUGCCUGGGGUGAUGGCUGGAGACAUGGGCAAGAAACUGGGCCAGAAUGGACUGGAUAAUGGGUUUGUUCUGUUCCACAAUGUGAGGAUCCCACGGGAGAACCUACUGAACAAGACAGGAGACGUCACUCCUGAUGGAUGCUACGUUACACCAUUCAAGGACCCCAACACGCGUUUUGGGGCAACGCUGGGCGCCCUGUCAGGUGGCAGGGUGGGAAUCACCAGGAUGGCUCUGGGCAACCUGAAGCUGGCUCUGGUUGUGGCCAUCCGCUUUUCAGCCUCCAGGAAACAGUUUGGACCGAAGAACUCAGAGGAGAUUCCUGUGUUGGAGUAUCAGCUGCAGCAAUGGCGCCUGAUCCCGUACCUGGCAGCAGCGUAUGCCCUUGAACACUUCACCAAAUCUAUCUUCAUGAACUUUGUUGAGUUCCAGAUGGGGCAGAUGAUGGGUAACAAAGCUGACAUACAAGCAGAGAUGGGCAAGGAGAUCCACGCCAUAGGCUGCUCGAGUAAACCACUGGCCUCGUGGGCUGCCCAGCGGGGGAUCCAAGAAUGCAGGGAGGCCUGCGGUGGACAUGGAUACCUGGCCAUGAACCGACUGGGUGAUCUGCGUGACGACAAUGACCCGAACUGCACAUAUGAAGGAGACAACAAUGUGUUGCUGCAGCAGACCAGCAACUACCUGCUCAGCCGGCUCCAUGCCAAGCGUCGUGAUGGUGUGCGGAUUGAGUCUCCAUUUCACAGUGUGGAUUUUCUGGAUGAUUUCCACAAGAUUCUGGGAACCAAGUUUUCGGCAACAACAAUGGAGGAGUGUAUGGACUCUGCAGUGCCACUGGCAGCAUAUAAGUGGCUGGUGUGUUUCCUGUUGGAGGAGAGUCAAAACAGGCUGCAGCAGCAGAGGGCAUCAGGCAAGGAUGAGUUUGAGGCUAGUAACAACAGCCAGGUAUACUACUGCCGUUCCCUGGCCAUUACCUACAUUGAACACGACUGCCUCCAGAGGUUUCAUGAGCAGACGAUGGAUCCGGACACACCAGCCAGUCUCAGACCAGUACUGAGAAAGCUGUGUGCCUUGUAUGGGCUGUGGAGCCUCAGCAACCACAUGACCACACUUUACCAGGGCAAUUACUUGAGCGGAAGGAAGCCUGCAGAGUUUGUCCAGGUGGCUGUUCUCACUCUGUGCUCCCAGCUGAAAGAUGAUGCAGUAGCACUGGUGGAUGUGUUAGCACCCACUGAUUUCAUCCUCAACUCACCCAUUGGGAAUGCUGAUGGACAGCUCUACAAGAACCUCUGGUCGACGGUGAUGCAGGGCAGCCAGGUGCUGGAGCGUCCCGCCUGGUGGAAGGAGUUCUGCUCAGACAAACCUGUGGUCGGAUCCCUGCGUCCAAAACUCUAGAGGAAGCCAGGCACGCUUUGCAGACACACACUCAGGAUUCCUGACAUGUUCCAUGACCUCAGUAGGACUGUGCAGACAAAAUGUCCUUUCCAUAUCUACAUAUGUGGAUUACAUAUGUGAAUAUUAAUAGCUAGGAUGCUGUGAUACAGUUGCAGGAUGUCCAGUGCAGUUAUGUCUCCAAAAUCAUCUGUGGCCUUUCUAUGUACCACUACAAGUGCCUGUAAAGUCCCCACUGUGUGUGUGUGUGUGUGUGUGUGUGUGUGUGUGUGUGUGUGUGUGUGUGUGUGUGUGU